AUGGCGAAAACCAAGCAGACGGCGCGCCGCAGUACUGGCGGCAAGGCGCCUCGUAAACAACUCGCGUCGAAGGCGGCGAGAGUAUCCGUUGAAGAGCUCAACGCUCGUGAGAGAAUAAUGUGGCUAUUGUCGCAACGAACGGACGUAAUGAAGGUGUCGAAGAAUGAAGAAGCUUCGCCUCGUUUUCCGUACCAUGUAUGGGUUGGAACGAGGCUGACAAGGUAUGACUUGGAUUUGACCGAAAUGCUCCGCCUUUUCGGUUAA